UAGGCUGCAAAUAUCCAAAAAUAAAAAAUAAAAACUAAAAAAUUGGAGCAAAUAAAAGAAGACAGUAAGGUGCGUGAGGGGGCGACACUGAUGAACGACGAUGACUAUGACGACGGCGAUGAAGAAAAAGCUCGAAUUGGUGGUGCUCCUUGCUUCCAUAUCUAUAUCUAUAUCUGUAUGCUUGGCCGCUUCCUCACCAAUCCUCGAUUCCAAAUCCGACGCCCGAGGAGAAUGGCAACUCCUCACCAAGCUCAAUUUCUCUUCUCAGAUCAGACUCCAUCCCCAUAUCCUCCUCAUCGUCACUCUCCCCUGGUCUGGUGAGUUUCGAUCACUUAAGAGAGAAGUAUCAAGUAUGGUUACUGACAGACAAGAAGGGUUUAACUCCCUAAAGUUGAUGUUUAUGUACAGAAAUACAGAAAAGAUGCUAGCAGAGGCUAUUGGUGCCAUGGCGGAUGAAAUAACAGUUUUAUACUAUCACAAUUCAGUAUCCUACAAGUAUCGAGGAAGGCUUCGAGCACAGAACAUAUUAUUUUCAAUUAACCAAUUUGUCUCAGUUUUUCCUGAAGAGAUUCCUCUCAAAUCCCUGAGUACUCCAGUGGAAUUGAAGACAUUCCUUGAUUCAACUGACAAAGCAUUGCUUCUCCUUGAAUUUUGUGGAUGGACUCCUAAGUUGCUUGCCAAGGGGAGGAAGAAUGUUACUGAAAAUGGUUUUGGCAGACAAGUACAUAUUUUCGAAACAGAGUUCAGAGGAGAGACAAACAGAAGGCGGACACCUAUGGGACAGAAUAUACAGAAGGAGAUGGAAAAUGCAAACAUGAUGUGCAAUGUAGAUGAUGAGAUUAACAGAUUUCCUUGGCUUGUGGACUUAAGUUCAGUGAAUGAAAGUGCUCCUUUCAAGGAGACAAAUAAUACUGUGCCUGGUGUCUUAUCAUCCUGUACACCUGAAGGAUAUCAGCUAUUUGAAACUUUUUUCAUGAAGUUCUUGACAAAGGCAAAAGACUUCUUUUUACCUUCAGAAAGGUAUAGAUAUGGCCUGGUCUCAGAAAGAUCUAUGCUUUCAACUCUCGGCAUUGAAGAAUCUGGUUCAUGGUUGGCAGUGCUUCACCAUGCUGGCUGUCCAAGUUGUAUGAAGAUCAUUGAGAAAGAGGAUGACCUUACUGAUGUUUUUCAUAUGGAUGGUGCUAUUGUUUCAGAGCUGGAAGGUGAUGGCCGCGCAUUGGAGCCUGUUUUGCCUGCUAAUGGACCAUCUAUACUCUUAUUUGUAGAUCGUUCAUGUAAAUCAUUGGAAACUAGGAGCAAAAGUAAGGAUGCUCUUGAGGCUUUUCGAGAUCUGGCUUUUCAAAUUCAUGAAUCAUACCAGUUAAGUGGACAAAACGGUGAAAAUAUUGAGACUUUAGCCCAAGAUUAUCAGGCAUCUCGGAGUACAUUUGGACCUCCUAGAUUAAAAUUAUCCCGAACAGCUCAGCUGAUGAAGUUCAGGGAGAAAAUGUCCACUAUUAUGGUUGUAAAUGAAGGAAAACCUGUCGCUUUGGAUAAUGUGAAUUCAGAUCCCCAGGGAAGUUCCUUGCGGGAGAUCUUGACACACAUUCUUCAGCAAAAAAAGGAAGGUAAGUUAAGUUCACUUGCAAAAGAGUUGGGUUUCCAACUUUUAUCAGAUGAUAUUGACAUAAAGCUGGUAAAUACAAAGCCAUCAAUAACAGAAACUGAGGAUGACCCAGCUUCACCAGAAAAGGAAACUGAAGAUCUUGUAUCAGGUGGUGUUGAUUCAGACAAAGAUCGAUCAGCCCAUACCACAAGUAUUGCUAACGAGGAGCUUUCGGUAACUUCCAAAGUCACUGAUGCUCACAACUCUCAGUAUGACAAAGAGAAAAAAGCAUAUUUGGAACCUAAUGAACAGCUCCCUGUAGAGUCUGAGAAACUCAUCCCAGAUCAUAAACUUGAUGUUGAUGAAGGUGUAAACAAUGCAGAUGCCAGUUCCUUACAAGUAGACAUGUCAGAGCACCAACAGCCUCAAUUUUCAGGCUUCAAAGGAUCUUUUCUCUUUUCUGAUGGUAAUUAUAGGCUACUUCAAACUUUGACUGGUGAAUCUAAGAUUCCAGGCCUGGUAAUUGUUGAUCCUUCUAAAGAACAGCAUUAUGUCUUUCCAGAGGAGAACGAUUUAAACUAUUCUUCAAUGGCUGAUUUUCUCACUAGGUUUCUCAAUGGAAGUCUUCUUCCAUAUAGUCAAUCUGAAUCUGUUCUUCAUAGCCCAAGGGAAGCCAUGCAACCACCAUUUGUCAAUACAGAUUUCCAUGAGGUGGAUUCUAUACCUCGAGUAACAAGCAAUACUUUUUCUGAGCUGGUUCGUGGAUGUAAUCAAUCUGACUCUGAUGCUUGGAAUAAGGAUGUGUUGGUCCUUUUUAGCAAUAAAUGGUGUGGUUUUUGCCAGAGAAUGGAAUUGAUUGUUCGUGAAGUAUAUCGAGCUAUGAGCGGUUAUGUUAAUACAAUCAAGAAUGGAUCUAGGACUGGGAAGACAAUGCUCCAUGGUGACAGCUUGAAGGAUGUAGAGCUGAAGUUUCCCUUAAUCUACUUGGUGGAUUGCACACAAAAUGAUUGUAGUUUGAUACUAAGAUCAUUAAAUCAGAUGGAAGCUUAUCCUGCUCUGAUGCUAUUUCCAGCUGAAAAGAAGAAUGCUAUUCCUUAUGAAGGGCAGAUGGGAGUUGCUGAUGUUAUCAAAUUUAUUGCUGAUCAUGGAAGUAACUCUCAUCAUCUUAUCCUUGAGAAAGGGAUCUUAUGGUCUGUACCUAAAACAGAGGCAAGAAAUCAAAAUUCUGCUGGCAAAGUAUCAUCAACCGACAUCAAUCUUGAAACUGCUGCUUCAAAUGACGGACUCUAUGAAGUUCUAUUGGUAAACAAGGAACGAGAAGGUGUGACUGAACACAGUAAGCUCGAGUCUCACACACCAAAAGGUUUGCAUGGAUUAGCUUCGCAAGUGGUGGUUGGUUCCAUCCUAAUUGCUACUGAAAAACUUGACGACACAGAACCAUUUGGUAAAUCGAGAAUCCUGAUUGUCAAGGCCGAUCAAAGUAAAGGAUUCCAAGGUCUGAUUAUCAACAAGCAUAUACGAUGGGAUGCUUUAAGUGAUCUGGAAGAUGGGCUGCAGAUGUUAACAGAUGCACCUCUGAGCUUUGGGGGACCACUCAUAGUGCGAGGCAUGCCUCUGGUUGCUUUAACUCGUGCAGCUAUGGAAGAGAAACAUCCUCAAGUGUUACCGGGUGUGUACUAUCUCGAUCAACUAGCGACGUAUAACAACAUUGAAGAUAUUAAGUCAGGGAAUCAGUCAAUCACCGACUACUGGUUUUUCUUGGGGUACUCGAGCUGGGAUUGGGAUCAGCUCUUUAAUGAGAUCGGUGAAGGAUCGUGGGACACAAGUGAUGAUGGGAUUCGAUGGCCUUGAAGAGUCUCUUUGUUUUCAAGUAAGUAGAUUUAGUCUCAAAAGGAAACAAGAUUUUGCAAGAUGAAGAAAGUAUCCCAAGGAUUGAUAGAGAUAAUAGGUCUGACUCGGUAUGUAUGUAUAACCAUUUUGUACGUAUGUAAUGUGUACAAUGCUACAAAGCUCCAAGUGACAAUUGUGAAGAUUUUUCUUAUAAAAGAUUACCAUCAUGGAGGUUGGAGGAUA